AUGUGCGAUGUGUUGGGCUGGUACCUGACAUGGCCGUUUCAGAAGGCCCGCACGAUGGGGAAGAACAAGGCACCGAAGAGAAACAUGGAAGCGUGCAGUCAUCUUGCCGCCAAUCCUGGCGCCUCGUUGCGAACCCGCGCGCCUACCCUGAAGCACUCGGCCGACGAGCCCAGCUCCGAUUACGACGACGUUGCGGCCCCUCCCAGCGAUGCGGCCUGGACCUCUCGUUUCGACGGUCCCCAAGCCGCCGAAACUGCACCGCCUCGGCCUUAG